AUGGCGCUCCAAGAGCGUUUCCGCCAAUUCAGUCAAGUCGCAGGGGGCGCCGGCCGCCGCGAGAACGCGGCAAACCUGCGCUGCCCAGGGCUGCCGGGCCAGUGGCAGCCCUGUGUCCGUGUCGGCAGCCAGCGCAACGCUAUCCAGCAUGGCAAGACGGGCGACCCGCUCGCCGCCCAUAGCCUGCAGUACUAUGUGGUGGGCGUGGAUGGCCGCAAGGCUGCCGUCCUGGCCUCAUGUUCCAUGUACAGCGUGCACGGCGCGCUGUCGGCGUUGGGUGGCUACCAGCAGCUGCUGGCCUGGCCCUCCUUCCAAGUCGACCUGCCCAACACGCCGCAGCAGAAGCUGCUCAACGAGUUCUCUCUGGGCUACAUGGCAGCAGACAUGCUCUUCUUCCUCCUACCCUUCACGCCAGACGGUGGGUGGCGGGCCUGGGUGUGGCGCCCACCCAUUGCCUCAUUACAUAUUACUACAUCAACACAGUGUAGCUGCCUGCUGCACCACCACGGCGCCAUCGGCUGCAUCAUGAUGUUCUUCCUGGCGACGGUUACCUCCCCUGUCUUCAGCGUCUUCACCAUUGCAAAGGAGUUGCGCCACCACAACAAGGCAGCCCUCCAGGUCUUCACGUUCACCUCCCCACUCUUUACAGUCGCCUUCAUCAGCGCAGCGGCAGCGGUGGCAGUAGAUUGCGCAGACGUGCCGCCACAGCGGCAGCCUUGGGCCGCCCAGCUGGCGCACAGCCUCCGGGCUGUGGGCCUGACGUNUGAGCCGCUCCACAUGGACAAGAUCAGCCCGGACGGCACGCAGCAGGCAACCUUGCGGCUCCACCUGGCGCGUGUGACGCAAGAGACGCCCGCCCACACCCGGCUGCGCCACUACUUCUGCGAUGUGCGCCCGGAGUGUUGUAGCCUGGAUGGCUAUGGCCGCCCACCGUAUGUCACGGAGGUGCGUGAGCGGCGCUGCCGCCGCGGCCUGACCGAGCUGCGCACAGGCAUGCACUGGGGGGCGGAGGAGCAGGGGCGACGCACUGGCACACCCCGCGAGCAGCGCGUGUGCCCGCACUGCCCCGCCCUGGAUGGCCCUGGCGGCAUUGAGGACACCCGACACAUCCUGUUUGUGUGCCCCCUGUAUGCCGCCGAGCGCGAGCGCUGGCCGGAGCUGUUCCACGAGUUCCUGGGCCUGCCGCCGGCGUCCGUCCCCCUCAGCGCAUUCUUCCAGCAGAGCAACACCGAGCUGGCAGCCCUGGCGGCUGCAUGCCGCAAGAAGGCGCGGGAUGCCGUGAGCCCACAGUAA